AGCGACGUCUUUCUCCUGUCAAACACCCAUCCCACCCCCCCUGCGCAUUCGCCGCCCUGCUUCUCCUCCUGCUGCUGCUGCUGGCUGUUGUAGCCCCUGCUUGCUAAUCGGCUGUUGGGCGGACUACUUACUCACACACCUUGGACGGGGGGGGGGGGCUUUCGAGUUGACAUCUGCUGGCCGCGCCUGGCCUGGACUGACUGACUGACUGACUGACUGACCCGCCCCGCCCCGGUUCUUCACCUCGCCGGUGCUCGGCGGCCGUGCGCGCGGCGUGCUGACGUGACUUGCCUGGCCGGCAAGAGGGCGCCUGGAGCAAACGUCGCUGCUGCUGCUGCUGCUGCUGCUGCUGCGCGCGGUAGUGUGUGGGCUUCCUUUUCGCUUUUGUCAGACGGAGCGGAGGCUGGAGAUGGGGGAUCGUGGGCGUCGAGGGGGAGCCACUUGCCCGUUGAGUAUUAAGACUUGGGGAUGCCCGCGCUCAUGGUCGAGUUGAGAGGUUGAGAGAGAAAAGAGACACUUUCAUCACGAGCAUCAAAGAUACCCAUCACCACCAUCUAUCUGCCCCAUCAUCAUCGCGUUCAUCAUCCUCAUCAACUCCAUCGUCACACACCCUAUUGUCCUUGUCGUUGUUCCUAUUGACAUCGUCAUCUACGACCUCAGCAUCACCUAUCAACACCGUUGUCGUCGUCACUAUACGAAGCGCGCCAAUAAAUCUGUGCUCCAGCCUCACAGUUUACUACAGCGUCACCCACAGCGCCCUUGACCUCCUGGUUGCCUAGUCGCCAUGCCUCUAUCACUCUCCUUACGCUACCGGCGCCUCCCCGCCAAGUCGGAAAUCACCUCGGUCGGCGUCUCUCCCUCUUCCACAUCCGCCUUCGCCAUCUACAUCGCGCCACAGACCAACCAGUCCUGGAUCGACUUCUUUGACCUAGACACUCAGCGCGGCUACACCAAGGCCACCGGGGCGCACGCCGUCUUCGGCCCACCCGCCUCUUCGCCUAUCUCACCUUGCUCCUCAUCCUUAUCAUCACGCAUCCCCGGCGGCAGCGGCGGGGGCCUUGCCAGCACCAUCACCAGCAGCAUCGCCCGCAUCAGCGAGAAGAGCAUCGCCAACAGUACCAGCGCGAGCCUUGCCGGUAGCGCGCACCGCGUCGCCACCCUGCGCGACUGGACCGUCCAGCUCGGCCCCAACAUCGAGUACCACCACAGCAGCACCGUCCUCGUCCGCGACUUCGCCACCGGCAAGACCGCCAUCGAGCUGCGGGACGCCGCCCGCGGGCCCGUGGUCUGGAGCCACGACGGGCUCGCCAUCGCCGCCGGGGAUGCCUCCGCGCGCGGCCGUGUGGGUGUCUGGGACGUCCGCACGGGAGCCCGCAUCGGCCGCGUGGUCAGCCACAUCGACGACGUCACGCACGCCGCCUUCACGCCCGAGAUGACGCUCGUGACGCUCUCGCGGGAUGGCACCGCGCGCGUCAGCGACCCGACCACCGGCCGCACGCUCAGCCGCCUCGAGAUCGAGGGCACCACCGCCGCCGCCGCCAACCCGCGUCUGCUGGCCGUGUCGCGGGACGGACGCUCCAUCGUCUCGCUCUGGGGCACGACGGUGCACGUGUGGAUUCCCGGCGCGAGCCACCUGACGUCCUACGACCUGCGAACGGUGCGCCAGACCGAAUCAUGGCCGCUUUGCGUCUCCCCUGACGGACGGUGGAUGGCCAGCCGCACCGAGGACGGCCUCGAGGUGCUCGACGUGGCGUCGGGGGCCGUCGCCUGGGAGCGCAGAGAGGAGGCCGCGUGCAUGGACAACAUGGUCACGGCGGCGGCCUUUUCGGGAGACGGCAGCGUGCUCGUCCUGGGCAGGAUGAGCGGCGCCGUCGAGGUGUGGGAUGUGGUGGAGAAGAACUGAGUUGCGGCAUGACGAGAAACAUGAACUGACGAACACUACAAAAAUGGGCCUGGAAUGGAGGAAGCGAAAUCGAGGCGGUUUGCGUUUGGAUAUUUGACUGGU